AUGCCUCGACCCACGCGGAGUCGGAGAGGCGCUGGAAGAGGAACACGGCAGCUCCAUGCAGGGGAUCCUACGAUUGUCAUAGGCAUAGAUUUCGGAACCACGUUUUCAGGCGUGGCAUGGGCCAGAUCAACCCGACCAGACCAAGUCGACAUUAUAACGAGCUGGAAGUCCAACUUCAACUUCAACAGUGACAAGGAAAAGGUCUCAACCUCAAUCUCCUACACCGAGCAGGACCAACCACCUCUUUGGGGCUACGCCGCUCCUAUCGGAGAAUCCACUCUCCAGUGGUUCAAGCUCUGUCUUUUGGAUGAAGAAGAUAUCCCACAGUACCUGCGAGAGUCGACACACCUCCAAAGUGCCAAGUCAUCUUUGGAUGAGCAGGGUACUCAUGCCGUUGAUGUCAUCAGCGAUUUUCUGCGGGAGCUAUGGAAGUAUAGCCUCAGCUGCGUUGAGCGAGCUGAAGGCGCUUCCAUGAUGGAGCUCUCUGCAUUCAGAGUCAUUGUUACUCUUCCAGCCAUUUGGCCUGCAUAUGCUCAGUUUCGCAUGAAAGAGGCUAUUGAAAAAGCCGGCAUUCUAGAGCCUCGAGGUCUUUAUGACACCACUCUGGAGUUCAUUUCUGAGCCGGAGGCUGCAGCUCUGGCUUCUCUGAAAGACAUGUCUGACAGAGCAGAUAUGAAAGUUGGCGACCACUUUGUUGUUUGUGACGCCGGUGGAGGCACUGUUGAUGUCAUUACAUAUACCGUCAUCAACCAAACCCCGAUGAAAGUACAAGAAAGCGUCAGAGGCGAUGGAAAGCUUUGCGGUGCUACCUUUGUGGACGAGCGGUUUCGAACCCUCCUAAAGAGCAAGAUGGCUUGGACCACUUGGGAACAACUUGGAGAAGAUGGAAUAGCCCGUCUUAUAAACAAUGAGUGGGAAAACGGCAUAAAGCCACAAUUCUGCAAUGACGGUCGGAACUGGACUAUACAGAUCCCCAUCACCUCGCGAAAGAGGGAUCACGACCAGUACAGCUGUCCAGAGAUCGACGUCAGCAAUCAAGAGGUUGUUGAAGUAUUCAGCCCGAUAAUGGGUCAGGUCGUGGAACUCGUGGCAACACAAAUCCAAGAAGUCCAAAAACGCUACAGGAAGAAGCCCAAGUUCAUUAUCUUGGUGGGUGGCUUCGGGCGCUGUCGCCAUUUGUAUACCUGCCUGAAGGAUGGCCUGAAGGGCCAGGUUGAGAUUUUGCAGAGCUCAGGAGCACGACCUUGGACAGCAGUCUGUCGAGGUGCGGCCAUCCGGGGGCUCGAAAAAUCCGACAACACAGAAGAGUCGGCAAUUCGUUCGAGGAUUGCGAGAGCGAGCUAUGGGACUAUAUGCAACGUGACGCCCUGGACUGAGGGGGAGCAUGAUGCUCGAGACAAAGAAUGGUGCCCCAUCGCACGUGCCUACAUCGCCGCUGACCAGGCUUCCUGGUUUCUGCGCAUUGGCGAUACAAUGGAAGUGGGUAAAUCUAUCGAACUGGGGUUCCAUCAAGAUUUCGAUCAACCGGCCGACAACAUUACUACGUGUCUUAUCUACUCCAACGCCCUCAACCCAUCCCAAAGAUGCGACGAGACGGUCAAGGAACUCUGCCAAGUACGCUGGGCUCGAGUCCCCGAUUACGAAAGUCUGCCUUCGUGGAAAAACUCAAAGGGCCAGCGGGUGAAGCGUCUUGACUACAUCAUCAAGAUGACGUCGAACGGCGUGUCCCUGGACUUUGAGUUUUCCCAUGAGGGCAGAAUCGUGGCAUCAAAGAACGUCGUCGUCGACUACAGCGAGAGCGGGGCAGCGGCCCGCCGCUCUGCUACCAUCGCGGAUGAUGACGCUGUUAGCCUCGCUGAUGGCGAUGAUAGCGGCACCUAUGUUCCCUCUGGACAUGAAGGGGCGGGAACCUCCAGCCGCCUGGACGGCAUCUGGCCAAGUGAAGUUGUGGAACGUGUGAACCAAAUCUGGGGAAGCCAAACUUGGGAUGAACAUGCGGCCCGGGUUGAAGGAUCGUAA